AUGUUUCUUCUUUCCUUACCUCUUUUGCACACAACCAUUCAUUCUUUUCUUUUUUUUUCCUUCAAACUAGACGACACUAUUGCAGCACCUUCUGCCCAAAAUACCCCGCAUCCGUCAACCCCUCUCAAUAGAGAACCCAGUCCUAAAAAGACCUCUCCUGUGAAAAAGGCAACUCCCUCUACAUCUUCUGCCAAUCAAUCCCCACACCCUUCAACCCCUCUCAGUAGAGAACCCAGUCCUAAAAAGACCUCCCCUUCGAAAAAGGCAACUCUCUCUACAUCUUCUGCCAAUCAAUCCACACACCCUUCAACUCCAAGUAGAGAACCCAGUCCUAAAAAGACCUCCCCAGUGAAAAAGGCCACUCUCUCUACAUCAUUUACCCAACAACCCCCACACCUUUCAAUCCCUCUCAGUAGAGAACCCAGUCCCAAAAAGACCUCUCCAAUGGAAAAAACACUCCCUCCACACCUUCCGCCCAAUAUUCUCAACAGGCAAAAUCUGACCAUCUCUCUACGCCUCUAA